GCUAAUCAGCGUCUCCGCGGUUCCCGGCUAUUAAGUGACCGCGGAGCUACCCGGACUCAGCGGCUCCUCAGACUCCGAGGAUGGGGGUCACAGCGCUCCGAACCCUCCUCCUGCUGCUGUCGGCGGCCCUGGUCCUGACCGAGACUUGGGCAGGCUCCCACUCCCUGCGGUAUUUCUCCACCGCGGUGUCCUGGCCCGGCCGCGGGGAGCCCCGGUUCACCGAAGUCGGCUACGUGGACUAUACGCAGUUCGUGCGGUUCGACAGCGACGCGGAGAAUCCGAGGAUGGAGCCGCGGGCGCCGUGGGUGGAGCAGGAGGGGCCGGAGUAUUGGGUCCAGGAGACACGGAAGGUCAAGCGCAGCGCACAGAUUGCCCGGGUGAGACUGGAGAACCUGCGUGGCUACUACAACCAGAGCGAGGAUGGGUCUCACACCAUCCAGGUGAUGUACGGCUGCUACAUGGGGCCCGAAGGGCGCUUCCUCCGCGGGUACUAUCAGGUUGCCUACGACGGCGCCGACUACAUAGCCCUGAACCAGGACCUGAGCUCCUGGACCCCGGCGGACACGGUGGCUCAGAUCUCCAAGCGCAAGUGGGAGGCGGAGGGUGAGGCGGAGCCCUGGAAGGUCUACCUGGAGGAGGAGUGCGUGCAGUGUCUCCGCACAUACCUGAAGAAGGGGAAGGACGCGCUGCAGCGAGCGGAUCCCCCAAAGACUCGUGUGACCCACCACUCCACCUCUGAUCGUGAGGCCACCCUGAGGUGCUGGGCCCUGGGCUUCUACCCUGCGGAGAUCACACUGACCUGGCUGCAGGAUGGGGAGGACCAGACCCAGGACAUGGAGCUGAUAGAGACCAGGCCUUCAGGGGACAGCAGAACCUUCCAGAAGUGGGCAGCUGUGGUGGUGCCUUCUGGAGAGGAGCAGAGAUACACGUGCCAUGUGCAGCAUGAGGGGCUGCGGGAGCCCCUCACCUUGAGAUGGAAGCCAUCUUCCCAGCCCAGCAUCCCCAUGGGGGGCAUUGUUGCUGGCCUGGUUCUCCUUGGAACUGUGCUGACUGGAGCUGUGGUUGCUGCUGUGAUGUGGAGGAAGAAGAGCUCAGGCAAUGACAGUGUCCAGGCAUCCAAUGUGUCUCUCACACCUUGUAAAGCCUGAGACAGCUGCCUUGUGCCUAAGAGUUCACACCUCCCCUUUAUGACUUUAAGAGGCUCUGACUUCUCUUUCUGCAAAUGCUUCUGAAUGACUCUGCAUCCCUCUUUGCCCAAUGUGAGGAGGUAGGGAGUCGACCCUCCCCCCAUGUCCAUGGUGACCCCCUUCUCCUAUGCUGACCUAUGCCCUUUCCUGAUUAUCUUUCCUGUUGCAGAGAGGUAGGCAUGGGAUGUCUCCAUCCCUGUCUUAACUUCAUGGUGCACUGAGCUGCUUCCCUACUAAAAAUAAGAAUUUGAAUUUAAAUUUGUUUUCUCAAAUUCUUCCCAUGAGAGAGGCAAGAGGGGAAAUAAAAAGACCUGAGAACCUUGCAGAAUCUAUGUGUUUGCUGUCCUGUGUCUGCUGUAGUGGGGGAUAGGAAAAGGCCGUGAGGAGCCAUAGCGUGGAUGGGGCUUGUGUCCACUCAAUGCUCAGGCCAUCUUGGGCUGUAUGUGGUCACUUCUUGGCAAAGUCAUCCUCACUGUUCCAUUUUCCAUGUCCCUUCAGUAGAACCUUGUCCCAGCAGGACCUGUGAUCACACACACAUAUGGCCCAGGGAAGCCCCUGCACAUAGUAGUUUGUGGUAUCAAGAGAGAAUUUUCACACUGUCCAUCUCUUGCCCUCCUUCUAGGGCUUUUUCUUAGAUGGAAUUUUCUAUCUUUUCCUCAAUGUUUUUAUUAUUUCAUUUUUAAUUUUUAUGAAUACAGAAUAGUUAUCUAUUUGUAUGGGGUACAUGUGAUAUUUUGGUACAAGCAUACAAUGUGUAAUAAUCAAAUCUGGGUAAUUAGGAUAACCGUCACCUCAAAUAUUUAUCAUUUGUUUUUGUAGGAAACAUUCUAAAUCAUAUUUAGACUAAAUUUUCUCUUCUUAAUAUUUUGAAAUAUACAAUAAAUCAUUGUGUUAAAAAAAGGUUGUUGUUUUAUUUUUUGUGACAGGGUCUCACUUUGUUGCAUGGGCUUGAAUGCAGUGGCAUCAUCAUAGCUCACUGCAAUCUUAAACUCCUGGACUCAAACAUUCCUCCUGCCUCAGCCCCCUGAGUAGCUUAGAUCAUAGAUGCUGACCCAUGCCCAGCUAAUGUUUUAAAAAAUUGUUUGUAGAGAUGGGGGCCUCAUUAUUGCACAGGCU